AAACUGCUCUUUGUCAGUUUUAAGCCAUUACCCCUUGUCCUGCCACCACGUGCCUCAGUCAAAAGUCCUUCUUUAGCUUUCUUGCAGGCUCCCUUCAGACAGGGAAAGAUGGCAGUAAGAUCUCCCUGAAGAUCUUCUUCUCUUGUCCAGGCUGAGCAAUCCCAAUUCCCUCCUUUCCUCAUGCAAGAGGUGCUCCAUCCUUCUAAUCACUUUGGUGGCCUCCUCUGGACUCACUCCAACAGCUCCAUGUCCUUCCUGUGCUGAGAACCCCAGAGCUGGGCACAGCACUACAGGUGGGGUCUCAUAGGGCAGAGCAGAAGGGCAGAAUCACUUCCCUUGACCUGCUGGCCUCUCUGCUUUUGGUGCAGCCCAGAACACGGCUGGCUUUCUGGGUUGCAAGUGUUUUGUUGGCUCAUAUCCAACCUCUCAUCCACCAGCCCCCUCCAAUCCUUAGAAGGGCUGCUCUUGAUCCCUUCAUCCCCCAGUCUGGAUUGAUAUCAGGAGUUACCCUGACCCAGGUGCAGCACCAGCACUUGGCCUUGUUGCGGGGCAAAUGACAGUGGGGAAACAUGUCCUGGGCAUCCCAAUGCACUUGGGAGGACUCACUUGUUCCCUGGGCUCCUUGAGGUGGCCACUGACUAGCCUUGUCCUCCACUAGCUCUGGACCAGCCUUUGCCAGCACUGCUUGUCCUGCCGCACCCUGAGCAUUGCAGCAGGGCAAAUCCUGCCCAGGGCUGGAUCCUCAACCCAAUCUUUGCACUUUCUUCAUGCAGUUGUGUGAGCUACUAAACACAGCACCCUGCCCCCUAUGGUGUGAACAGCAUUUCGGACCCUGGGGGCAUCCAACAAUGAUGAUAAUGCAUCAAAAAAUGUAAUAACACAGGCAGUUGACUAAACCAAACUGCCUCCAUCUCAGCUGGACUUGUUUGGAGUUCUUUGUGUCCAUUAUAAUGUUGGAAAGUCUGUGUUAGCCUCAUGCAGUUUGUGCUUUCCAGCCUAAGGGCCAUAACUGAGGCUGUGAGUAAGAUCCCAUCUUUCCCUGCUCCCUUUGAACAACAAGAGCUGCAAAACACAGGGAGGCUCAUAUCUGGCACAGCCCCAUGUAUCUAGGCAGCCAGAGCAAGGUUUAGGUGAAUGCACCUCCCUGAUGUUAAGAAAUCCCCGUUUAUCACUGGAACUGAGCUAAUGAGGUUGGCUAAAGCUCCCAGGUGGUGGGUGGCAUGAAGCUGCUGUCCAGUGUAGCUGCAACAGCUCGGCCUUCACCUCUCCCAGGUUUGCAGACACUGGUUGAAAUGCUGCCCUGGGUGCUGGGACAGGGUGAGCUAAGGGCAGAUUUCAGCCACCACUGUGGUCUCCACUGAUGCUUCUGAGGUUUGUCUCCAAAUCUUUCCAUCCAGGAAGGUUCUAGUGUCUCAGAGAGCCAAGACAAACAAGGAGAGAGAUGCUGGGUGUGGAAGCCUUUGGAGCCACUGAUGCCCCCAGCAUAGCCACCUGCUCCUUGUGCUCUCUCUGGGUGGUGAUAACCAAGAGUGGUCAGAGCCAUCCUAAAUCAUCCAGGGUUUAUCCCUCAGACAUUCACAAGAUGCUGGUCCUCACGGGCAGGAGGGGUGGGCUGGCUGCAUCCUGCAUGGGGGUUUCACCCUCUGUGGUGACAGCCCCGCAUAUGGGGCUCACCAGAAUUGAGGUAUUUCCCCCUCUUUUUGCAACAACAUGGGGUUUGAAAAAUCACAUAUGGCAGGAGGGGAGCAGCUGUAUCACGUGAAAUUCUGUUUCUGGAUGAAUUUUGCUGUUCACAACAGGUUACUUUUUGUUUUCAUUCCCUGGGGAAAGUAUCUGUGCUCCAAAGGUCGGUUUUCAUUCGCUGUUGAACUUUAGACAGCGGUGGCCUUCAAAGUAAACUAAGAACAGCUCUCCAGUCCCUUGAAAAGUGGGAAAGCCUGUGCAGCACAUACACUUGUUAAGCAAAUGAAGAGGAGUGCAUGGGAGACAGGACCUCUGGUGGAAGCUUGGAUGGAGAAAGGGCAGUGUUCUGGGAUGUGUGGGGUUUUAUGAGUCUGGCCCAAAACACACCCAGCAUCACGCUUCCCUGAAGCCACUGAGCAGGGAUAAAUUGCUCUCACCCUAUAAGAGGGCACAGAGGACUCCCUACUCUUGAACAGCACCGAGCGUAGACACAAACAUUAAAAAUAAAAUUGAAAAACCGCCCAGCGCGGAGGAGGGGCGGUGAUGCGCUGCUACUCCAGAGGCGCGGUAGGAACCGGCCGAGCGGCUCGUCGGGUGUUUACGGCGGGGCCGGCGGAGCCGCAGCGCCGGGAGCGCGGCCCGGUGCUCGGUGCUCGGUGCUCGGUGCCCGCCGCCCGCUGCUCGCUGCCCGGUGCCCGCUGCCCGCAGCCGCAAUGUCAAGAGGACACACGUCACCAGGACAAUGAAGUCGUACCAGAAGCUGACAACAGCACAGCCAGCAGCAUGCCGGGUGGAAGAGGAGGGGGCUGCCCCCAUGCCCUCCAGCCAUGGGAAGCUGGCCCCGUGGUGGGUGGGCAGUGGGCUGCUGGUGGCCGCUGUUCUGCUGAGCACCAUCACUGUCUGGGUGCUGCGGCAAGUAUCGGGGGGCUGGCUCGGACCCACGCCACCCCCCAAAUGUCUCCUGGUACCUGAGAGCCAUCGCUUCGACUGCUACCCGGAGCGGCACGUGGUGGUGACCCAGGAGCUCUGUGAAAGCCGAGGGUGCUGCUUCAUCCAGAGCCCCCCGCUGGCAGAGGGCAAGCAGGGGGUGCCCUGGUGCUUCUAUCCCCCUGACUUCCCCAGCUACACCCUGGAGAGCCUCAACCAGACAGCUCUGGGCAUGGUGGGGCUGCUGGUGCGAAGGGAGAAGGCCUAUUACCCCCGGGACAUCGAGAAGCUGAGGCUGGAUGUGGAGUUUGAGACGGACACGAGGCUGCACAUCAAGAUAACAGAUGCGGCCAACCCACGCUAUGAGGUUCCCCUUGAUGUUCCCCGUGUGAUGAAGAGAGCAGAAAACCCCAUCUACAGUCUGAACUUCUCCUGGGACCCCUUUGGGGUGCUGCUGCAGCGCAAGGCAACAGGGACAGUGCUGCUAAACACCACCGUGGCCCCCUUGAUCUUUGCUGACCAGUUUCUCCAGAUAUCCACAUCACUCCCAUCCAAGUUCCUCUAUGGGCUGGGGGAGCACCGUGGCAGCCUCCUGCACAGCCUGGACUGGAACACCCUCACGCUGUGGGCCCGCGACGUCCCUCCCACGGAGUCAUUGAACCUGUACGGCGCCCACCCCUUCUACCUGCUGAUAGAGGAGGGUGGAAAUGCUCACGGUGUUUUCCUACUCAACAGCAAUGCCAUGGAGGUGGCUCUGCAGCCUGCUCCAGGCCUGACCUGGAGGACUAUUGGAGGAGUGCUGGAUUUUUACAUCUUCCUGGGGCCCAAUCCCAACAUGGUCAUCCAGCAGUACCAGCAGGUGAUAGGUUUCCCAGCCAUGCCACCCAUCUGGGCUCUUGGCUUCCACCUCUGCCGCUGGGGCUACGGAUCCAGCAACGAGACGUGGCAGACCGUGAGAGCCAUGAGGAACUACCAGAUCCCCCAGGAUGGGCAGUGGAAUGACAUCGAUUACAUGGAUGGGUACCGGGACUUCACCGUGGAUUCCCAGAAGUUUGCUUCCCUCCCCUCCCUGGUGGAAGACCUCCACAAACAUGGCCAGCACUACGUCAUGAUCUUGGAUCCUGGCAUCAGCAGCACCAGCCCUCAGGGCUCCUACUGGCCUUUUGAUGAAGGCUUGAGACGGGGCUUGUUCCUCAACACCACCCAAGGGAAGCCACUCAUCGGGCAGGUCUGGCCUGGUUUCACUGCCUUCGCAGACUUCUCCAACCCAGGCACACACCAGUGGUGGCUGGAGAACCUGCAGCACUUCCAUGCCCACGUGCCCUUUGAUGGCCUCUGGAUCGACAUGAACGAGCCAUCCAACUUCAUGGAUGGGUCUGAAGCUGGCUGCCCCCCAGGAGAGUUUGACAACCCACCCUACACUCCAGCCGUUCUGGGUGAUUCCCUCUCUGCAAAGACGGUGUGUGCCUCGGCAAGGCAGAAAGUCUCGGUGCACUACAACCUCCACAACCUCUAUGGGCUGAUGGAAGCCAAAGCCACAGCAAGCGCCUUGAUCAAGAUCCGGGGCAAGCGCCCCUUUGUCAUCUCGCGCUCCACCUUCCCCAGCCAGGGCCGCUACUCGGGGCACUGGCUGGGUGACAACCGGAGCCAGUGGAAGGACAUGAGUUACUCAAUCCCAGGGCUGCUGAGCUUCAGCCUCUUUGGCAUCCCGCUGGUCGGGGCAGACAUCUGCGGCUUCUCCGGCAGCACCUCGGAGGAGCUGUGCACCCGCUGGAUGCAGCUCGGGGCCUUCUACCCCUUCGCUCGCAACCACAACACCCAGAACGAGAAGGCCCAGGAGCCAGCAGUGUUCAGCCCUGCAGCCAGGACAGCCAUGAAGGAUGUGCUGCUGACCCGCUAUUCCCUCCUGCCCUUCCUCUACACCCUUUUCCACCGUGCCCACCUGCAAGGGGACACCGUGGCCCGGCCCUUGUUCUUUGAGUUCCCCUGGGAUGUGGCCACGUGGGAGCUGGACAGGCAGUUCCUGUGGGGCCGGAGCCUGCUGGUAACACCGGUGCUGGAACCCGGGGUGGACUCAGUCACAGGUUACGUUCCCCAAGGCACGUGGUACGACUUCUACACGGGCUCCUCGGUGAACAGCAGUGGGGAGAUGUUGAAGAUGUCGGCCCCUCUGGAGCACCUCAACCUGCACAUCUGGGAAGGUUCCAUCCUGCCCACCCAGAAACCAGGAACCACCACAGAGCUGACCCGAGGGAAUCCCUUGCGUCUCAUUGUGGCCUUGUCCUCACAUGCCACUGCCUGGGGUGACCUUUUCUGGGACGAUGGCGAGAGCCUGGACACCUUCGAGAAGGGCAACUACUCCUACGUGGUGUUCAAUGUCACAGAGAACAUCUUCACCUCCACCGUCCUCCAUGCCAGCACCGAGGCCACCAAGGUCACCGUUGGCACACUGAGCAUCUUUGGGGUGCAGAAACCGCCCAGCAAGGUCCUCCUGAAUGGCCGGGAGAAGCCCUUUUCCUAUCUGGACAACCAGGUUCUCACCGUGAGUGACCUUGGCAUGAGCCUCAGCCAGGGCUUCUCCCUGCAGUGGCUGUGAGCAGGGGGCCCUGGGGUCACCCUCGCCUUGCCAGGACACGCUGCCGGGAGAGGGUCCAUGCUCCAGCCCUGAAGCCAGGAUGCUGCCACGGAGGGGGCACUGGGGACUGUCACCUGCUGCUGCUCGUCCCCUCCAGCAUAGCUGGGGACAGGGGCGUGGGAUGGGUCUUGGCUGCUGGGUGCCCCCUGCAUGGUCCUGGUGGGUGGUGUGGGUCCCCACUGCAAUAAAGGCCUGUGGAGAACUUG